CCAGAUGAUAGGCCACGCUGACCCCCACACAUCCACCACCAAUGACGACAGUUUCUGCAGUGUCCUUCCACCUCUUCCCCAAAACUGAGGAUGCAGCACUGAAGAAAGAAAAGGAAGAGGACGAAUUACAGAAACUAUGUAGGAGGCGGUUGGUUCUUACAGUGACAUCAGGAGCACCGCACCCCUCCUGGAUUAUAAAUGCAGCAUGGAUCCCUGCGCAAACUCCUUUCCAAACUCAGAGGGACGCUGCAGCUGAGAAGAGUGGUGGUCGCUGCUGUAAUUUUCAUCAUGGCACCAGCUGGGGCAAAGAAGAGCAUUUUGGAGCGUCUGGAUGCAGGAGAGAUCGUUAUCGGGGACGGAGGUUUUGUUUUCGCCCUUGAGAAGAGAGGUUAUGUCAAAGCAGGACCGUGGACACCUGAGGCUGCCGCCGAGCACCCUGAAGCGGUGCGGCAGCUGCACAGGGAGUUCCUGAGAGCUGGCUCCAAUGUCAUGCAGACAUUCACUUUCUACGCAAGCGAUGAUAAACUGGAGAACAGGGGCCACACUCAGCGCUUCACUGGGCAGCAAAUAAACGAGGCAGCUUGUGACCUGGCCAGGGAGGUGGCCAAUGAGGGUGAUGCUCUGGUGGCAGGAGGAGUCUCUCAGACCCCUUCUUACCUCAGCUGCAAGAGUGAGGAUGAUGUCAAGGCCAUCUUCAAGAAGCAGAUUGAUGUCUUUGUCACGAAAGAUGUGGACUUCUUGAUUGCAGAGUACUUUGAGCAUGUGGAGGAGGCCGAGUGGGCAGUCCAGGUUUUGAAGACCACAGGCAAGCCUGUUGCUGCAACUCUGUGUAUUGGACCUGAAGGAGAUCUGAAUGGAGUCAGCCCUGGAGACUGUGCUGUCAGACUCAUCAAAGCUGGAGCUCAUAUUGUGGGCGUUAACUGCCACUUUGACCCGGAGACCUGUGUGAAGACGGUGAAAUUGAUGAAGGAGGGAGUGGAGAAAGCCGGACUGAAGGCUCACUACAUGAGUCAGCCGCUGGCCUACCACACUCCUGACUGCAACUGUCAGGGCUUCAUUGAUCUGCCCGAGUUCCCCUUCGGUCUGGAGCCGAGGGUCCUGACCAGAUGGGACAUGCACAAAUAUGCCCGGGAAGCGUACAACGCUGGCAUCCGUUACAUCGGAGGCUGCUGUGGAUUUGAACCCUACCACAUUCGUGCCGUGGCGGAGGAGCUGGCUCCUGAGAGGGGUUUCCUGCCUGCUGGCUCAGAGAAGCAUGGCAACUGGGGCAGUGGCCUGGAGAUGCACACGAAGCCUUGGGUCAGAGCUAGGGCCCGUCGUGACUACUGGGAGAAACUGAAGCCUGCGUCAGGCCGUCCCUUCUGCCCCUCGAUGACCAAACCCGAUAGCUGGGGUGUCACAAAAGGCCACGCUGACCUGAUGCAGCAGAAGGAGGCCACCUCCCAGGAGCAGCUGAAGGCUCUCUUUGAGAAGGCCAACAAAGGCCAGUGAGCUACCCAUCUGUUUGUAGAAGCCAAGAGAUGCUCCACACAGUCCCUUUUUAAGUUUACAUAUCAAACGAUCGAAAUGCUGAAGUUCUCUGUGCCUUGAGACCAUUUUUAGUGUGUGGAAGACCGGUAUCUCAUGCCCUCUUCAAUGUAGCUUUCCAGCCUUAACCAACAAUGAGUGCCUGUUGAAGUAAAGUUAGAUUUUCAUAAGUCCAUAAGUCUUGUAAAAUUACUGUGACAACAAAACUCAAUUUAGCAGCCCACAUGACUUUUACACUGCUGAAGCAGCUAAUGUUGUCUUGGAAAAGAAUUAAAAGAUGUGUAUCAAUAAACUUCUAACAUAACAUAA